UCCAGUUAUUGAACCCCAUGGGCCCAGCCCGCCAACUGGCCGCAUUCAUCAUCCACGAACAACAGCUAUCUAUAGCAGAACGACACGGCAUAUAGACAGUGUCAUACUUCCAACAAACAACAGACGAGUCUCACAUUCACAGGGCCUAGAAUAAUAGAUCGACCAUAGCAAUUCAACACACGCCCAUGCGUAAUGAUGACUCCCACCUGUACCCUGCAGCGACCGGACCAGUUACUAUGAUAGCUAUUAACCCACAUCAACGGCGGUAUCAGCCAACGUGUAACAAAAGCGCCCUAAAUCAGGCAAGGAAGAAGUAUACAGCCCUGUCAUCUGACACGAGGAUUUUUUUUCUCUCUCUCUCUCUCACUCAUCAACCCCGAUUAAAGGAAUCACUUACUAAUUAUAAUACCCCCAUUUGCUUUUUUUUCUUUUUCCUCCUUUCCCCCUCAUUUGUUUUUCCUAGAACCAGGUCUCGGGAAUCUGCCAACGUUGCACAACGGAAAAACUAAUCUCAACUAGACAACUAGUAUACUCUAGACCCUACACCUGUUCAUGUAUAUUAUGUACAUAUGUACCUAGAUGGGUACUUACAUGAGUGGUGGGGGGUGUGUGGGU